CGUAUUUCUUCCUUGUUAUGAAGGCUGAUAAAUGGUUCAAGCAUCACAAUGGCUACUAGUACAACUCUUUGUGGUCCAUGUUCGGAACGACAUUUAACCAAACUAUCAGUAUCCUGGUGCUCGGAAUGUGAAGAAGCGAUGUGUGAUGACUGUCAAGAACAUCAUAAAGUAUUCAAAGCAACACGAAGUCACGAACUCAUACCAAUUGACAAGUACACAUCUCUUCCGUCCUUUAUUACUGAUAUACAGCAGUCAUGUACCUAUCACAAUGAAAAAUAUCAGCAAUACUGUGUUGAGCAUGCGUUACCUUUUUGCUUCAAAUGCAUUAAAGAACAUCAGAAAUGCAACGUCAUUCCUCUUGACGAAAUCACCAAUAACGCUAAGACAUCCGGGCAGUUACAAGAUUUAGAAACUAGAUUGAUGGACCUAUUACAAAACAUUGAUAGAAUCAAGAAGGACCGAAAGGCUAAUUUGGGCAAUAUUGAAGAAAGGAAGGAGCAACAUCUUGCAGACAUUCGACAAAUUAGAAAUCAUAUAAACAGACAUUUAGACAAACUUGAAAAAGAAAUGAUUCAAGAUCUGGAGAAGAAAGAGUGUAAAGGCAAGAAGAGUAUUCAGAAUAUUUUAUCAUCAGUUGAAGAAAAGAAAAACUUGAUAACAGAAUAUCAAACCAAUCUUCAAAGCAUCAAACAACAUGCUUCCAAUCUUCAAACAUUUCUAGUAAUGAGCAAUAUUGAAGUGAAGGUUUUUGAAAAUGAACAAUAUUUGCAAUCGUUGUUUGAAACUAACAAAUUGGACACAGUAGACCUGACUUGUGAAGUAGACCCAGGGGUGCUUAGUAUCUUAGGCAGUUUGAAAAUGUUUGGAUCAAUUGAAAUUAAAAAGAAGUCGAGUAACAUCAUUUUAAUUAGAGUGAAAGACAGACAAGCACAGUUGCAAGUUACACCAACGAAGACGAUUAACGACUUGAAUUUGAUUCUACAAAAGGAAAUUUCAACAGGAGGGGUGAAUAUUAGAGGUUGUUGCAUGUCAGUAAAUGGCAAAUAUUUCUUCACCGACAAUUACUCAAGAAAAAAGCUGUAUGUCAUUACGUCAGAUGGUUCCUUCAAAUUUGAUAUGUUGCUAGAUCCUAGUUAUGGGUAUGACAUAACAAUAAUCAAUGAGAAAACAAUCGCUAUCACAUCUGGAUAUUCUAGUGAGAAUAUCGGAAUUGACAUAAUAGAUACUGAGAGCCGAGAGAAAAUUAAGUUCAUCAACCUGCCUUCUCGCCCAUUUGGAAUCACAUGUGAUCACAACUUAUUGUUUGUCUGUGUUGAAGGACGAGGUAUAUAUAAAGUAAACACUGUAGAUUAUACUACGUCUCACGUGAUCAGUUGUAACUUAUCGGGAUUGGCAUACGUAUCUGUAUUCAAGGACAAGAUAUACUACACUGACUGCUAUAAUCACAGUGUAGUUUGUUGUGACCGUGAUGGAUCAUGUGUUUGGACUUUUAAAGGUACUUCAGUAUUGAAAAACCCGAGAGGAAUCACUGUAGAUAACGGGGAAAACGUGUUUGUUGUUGGAGAGACGUCGUCGAAUUUGGUCAUUUUAUCAAACGAUGGAAAACAACAUAGGAAAAUCCUGACAGACGAAGAUGGUCUCCGUGAACCGUCAGCUAUUUUCUUCGAUAAACAGACCAGUAAACUUCUUAUUGCGAACAAAAAAGAAACUGCAUUUCUUUACAACUUUUCAUAAACUGAUGUGAAUUAUAUGAUGAUCAUCACAAAUCACCAGCAUUUUUCGAUGAAACGCCGAACAUUUAAACCAGGAUAAGCUCUUUCUACACACAUCAGAAAAAAACAAAUAAAUUAUUUUUGCCAAUAUUCAAACAACGUCAAAAUCAAGAUAUGAAUGUCACUGGUUUGUAAAUAAAUUCAAGUAAUGUAAGAUAUCAAUAUGUAUUGUACGAAUAUCAUUCUGUAUUCAAAGCAAAGUGAGACGUUGAAGAAAAAUCAUAAUAAUUGUUUACACCUCCGACAUAUGCUUAUAAAAAGUAUACAGAAAAUACUUAUCUAAGAUAUGCGUUUUCCCGUAUGUGACCAACCGAAUAUACUUAUUCACGGGUAUGUACUCAAAAGAGCAACACGACGGGUGUCACAUGUGAAGCAGGAUCUGCGUACCCUUCUGGAGCAUCCGAGAUGAUCCCAAGUUUUUGGUGGAGUUCGUGUUGCUUAGUCGUAAUUUAUUUAUGUUGUGUUUUGUGUACUAUAGUGUGUCAGGAUGUGUUUUGCUUUUUUAGCCAUGGCAUUGUCUGUUUAUUUUUAAUUUAUGAGUUUCAAUAUCCCUUUGGUAUCUUUCACCCCACUUUUUUAAAUAAGAAUACACUUGUUGCACUUUAUAUUUCGGUUAUAAUUAUCAAUGACUCACUAAGUGUUACAUUUUACGUCAUAUCUAAAGAUAACAUUUACAGUUAAUUUGUUGAUUAAAGUUCAAUUGAAAAUGA